AUGGAAAUCAAUGAAUCAUCUUUUAGUGUUUUUUAUCUAAGUAAAUUCUUAGCUUUAGCACCGAUUUCGAUGCGACGAAAUAUUAAAGGCAAAAUAGAGUUAAAACGUAGCAUUUUAUUUUCCUUAUACUCGAUCACUUUGGGUGUAGCAAUGGUCAUACUCUGUUACGAAGGCAUAAUAUUCGAUGCGAAUUCUCAAGUUCCUUUGCGAAUGAAUUCCUCCACCUCAAAAGUGGUCACCGCAUUGGACGUAACUGUUGUGGUGCUGUCGAGCGUCGCCGGCAUUGGUUGUGGCAUCUUUAGCGUUAAGCCAUCGCGGGAAUUAAAUCUGCGCCUAAGGAAGUUCGAUGCCGCCCUGCAUUCCUUUUCGAAUUUCAAACGUGAUCGCAUCAUAUCCCGAGUAAUGACCGUUAUACCGAUGGCAAUAAGUGCAGCGUUGAUAGGUUUCGAUAUUUGGACAUGGAUACUGCAUGUUGAGCUUGCACCGAAAAAGGGCAGCAAAAACAGCAUCAAAUGGUAUUUACCAUUUUAUUUACUAUAUUUUGUAAUGAUUGGAUUUCAUAUACUAUUCGCCAACACAGCUUUCGGCUUGGGCAGGCGAUUUCGACGUUUAAAUGGCAUGUUGAAAUGUCAUUAUUUGGCAGACAGCAAACCCUAUUCCACAAUAAAGACUCAACUCAAUAGCAUUAAAAUCACGCCAGAUCAUGCGAUGUCACUACAUGAAAGUCUGAACACGGAGUCACUGCCAAAAGAAUCUCUAGGCAAAACACGUGUUAUGCUCCUACGAUCACUCGCCGACAAUCACGAAUCCUUGGGCAAAUGUGUGCAGAUUUUCUCCAACACCUAUGGCAUUGCUGUACUUUGUAUACUUGUAUCCUGCCUGCUGCACAUGGUGGCCACGUCAUAUUUUCUCUUCUUAGCGCUGUUGGAUCGCAAUGUCACCGGUUAUGUGUGGGGUCAGGUGAUGUGGAUCAUUUUACAUAUUCUAAGAUUGCUACUGGUGGUGGAACCAUGUCACAUUGCGACUGCCGAGUCCAAGAAGACAAUACACAUUGUAACUGAGAUUGAGCGGAAAAUUCAUGAACCCAUAUUGGCAGAGGAGAUCAAAAAGUUCUGGCAACAACUACUGGUUGUCGAUGUGGAGUUUUCAGCGCUCGGUCUGUGUCGUAUUAAUCGAAAUAUAUUGACAUCGUUCAGCUCAGCAAUUGCUACAUAUUUGGUUAUACUAAUACAAUUUCAAAAGGCCAGCGGAUGAUUCAUUUGCAAGUGAAAUAGGGAAUAAAU